GCUUCCAAACAUAUCUGCAAGGCAGCUAAAUUACAUCAAUAUCUGGUGUCAAAAGAUGGAUAACAUAAUCUCAAACAAUGUCAUGAGCAUUCCGAUCAUAUCACCAAGGGGCUUACUUUUGUCAAAACCAUAUACACCCCAUUACUUUCUUUCUACUUCCAAAACAAAUGCCACAGAAAGGAAAGACGGUUUUGCAGUCUCAGUUAAAAAUCAUGCGAGUUUAGGACCCAAAUUAAUUGAAAUUGUGAAGCAUAAGCUUAUUAUUGGUGCCAAAAUCCUACCACUUGGCCGCGCAGGAAAGAUCUUCAGGAAAAACUUCAGUACCGGGGAUUGUGAGAAGUUGUUGCAUGCUACACGGUGUAGCAUAUACACAACAGCUGGUGCGAUUGCAGGCAUACUCUUCAUUUCAACUGAGAGGGUUGGAUUUCGUAGUGAUAAAUCACUCAAAGCGUAUUCUACCACCGGGGAGCUUUUGAAGUUCCAAUAUAAGGUUUCGAUCCCAUUGAGAAAGAUAAAAAGAGUAGCAGAGAGCAGGAACAUGAAGAGGCCAUCAAACAAGUACGUGGAAUUAGUUACAGUGGAUGACUUCAGCUUCUGGUUUAUGGGCUUUCCGAGUUACACGAAAACUUUAAGAUACCUCUGUCAGACAAUCAGUCCCAACUGCUAAAACUAUGUUCUCAAUUCCUUGUAAACUUUAAAGAUAUUCAUCAUUGUGUAGUACGAUUGGUUUCCCUAAUUAAAGGGAGGAAGAUGUAUAUAUAGAUUUGUUGGUUGAUGAAAGACAACUAAUGACAAUUAAUUAAUUAUUCGGUUCC